GCGUGUCUGGUGAAAAUGGCAGCCAAAAAAGAGACCUCACAUGGAAAUACGUUGGAUACCCCGGUCAGACUCGUCCAGAUCGAGGGCCUGGUGGUGAUGAAGAUCAUAAAACAUUAUCAGGAAGAAGGCCAGGGCAGUGAGGUGGUACAGGGUGUGUUACUGGGCCUAGUGGUGGACGACAGGCUGGAAAUCACAAACUGCUUCCCCUUCCCCCAGCACACGGAGGACGACGCUGACUUUGAUGAAGUUCAGUAUCAGAUGGAGAUGAUGAGGAGUCUACGACAUGUCAACAUUGACCAUUUGCAUGUCGGCUGGUACCAGUCCACUUUCUACGGCUCCUUUGUGAGCAGGGCCCUGUUGGACUCCCAGUUCAGUUACCAGCACGCCAUCGAGGAGUCUGUGGUGCUCAUCUACGAUCCCAUUAAGACUGCGCAGGGAUCGCUCUCACUGAAGGCCUACAGACUGACACCCAAACUGAUGGAACUCUGCAAGGACAAGGACUUCUCAGCUGAGGGGCUGAAGAAAGCCAGUGUAGGUCAUGAGAGUAUGUUUGAGGAGGUUCCUAUCGUCAUCAGGAACUCCCACCUCAUCAACGUCCUGCUGUGGGAACUGGAGGACAAGUCGGCCGUCGCCGACAAACACGAGCUCAUGAGCCUCUCCAGCAGUUCUCACCUGGAGAAGAGUCUGCAGAUGCUCAUGGACAGAGUGGACGACAUGAGCCAGGACAUCGUCAAAUACAUCAACUUCAGCCGCACUCUCAGCAAGCAGCAGCAGCAGAAACACCAGUACACGCAGCGUCGCCAGCAGGAGAACGCUCAGCGGCAGAGUCGAGGGGAGCCCCCGCUCCCGGAGGAGGACCUCACCAAACUGUUUAAGCCUCCCCAGCAACCUCCUCGCAUGGAUACGCUCCUCGUGGCAGGUCAAAUCAACACCUACUGCCAGACUGUGAAAGAGUUUACCUCCCAGAACCUGGGAAAACUCUUCAUGGCUGAGGCUCUUCAAGUCAACAGCAGCUAGAGAAACUGGCGGCGUGGUUAUAACGUGAUGUCUGACAUUUUGUGCCAUUGAUAGAUCGAAGAACGAUGAAGUUAUACUUCAGCUGAGUAUAUUAUAGCUGAGGUUCCAUUGUCCAUUCCAUUCUUUUGAGAUUCCAAAAUGUCUUUGGCAUUCCUGAUGCCUGUGUCACUGCUGACCUAGCCACGUAUGUUUAUAUCAUGCGCCUUACACAUAGUUAUGUAAUUUUUUUGUCAGAAAUAUACAAACUGGUGGUACCACUCACAGGUUGCAAUGUGGCGGUUUCAUUUUGACACACAAGAAUGCGGAAGAUCAAAGAUGCAAUGGACAGUGUGGGAAUGAGCUUCAUUUUAAACAAGCAGAAUAUGUCACAUGUCAAGCCUUUUGGUAAGAGCUGUUGGUAAUUUCAUAAUAAAUUGGAUCUCCCCUG